GACCUGAAGGAUGAGCACCAUGUCGCGGCGUGUACAGAUUAGUCUGCUGGGAAUAGCCCUCAAACCAGCGCAUGGUGUUGCCAGGACACCCGAAAGAGGGUCGGCGGAGUAUCUCGGUAUGCAUUUAGCAUGUCGACGAUGAUGGGAUGUUCUUGCGUUUUCUUUCUCUCCCUUCUUUUUUUUUUUUUUUUGCUGCGCCUCGCGCCAUUGUCGUUGCUCCAGCGUUCAACUUGGAGGGCCGCGCAUGCGCCGAGAAGCAUACCAAGUGGGCAGCGUGGUUCUGGUCGAGGUCAACGAAUGUGCGAUGCGAUCGUCCAACGAGCACUUACAGACCCGUGCUCCUUGUCUCUGUUCUCGGCGGUGCCAACUGCUCUAUGCCGCCACGUGUGUCACGGGAUGCAUUGACGGAUUCCUGUUACCCGCGCGUUCGUGGAGAAGGACGCCGAGAGACGGCAUGGCUCUUGUCGUGGUCCAACCUAGUCUAGGAGAUUGCGAUGCGAUUCGUCUGACCAUUACUUAUAGACACAUGCUCCUCGCUCCCCGUUCUCGGCAGCCCCCAAUUGCCCCCAUGAUACCACCAGGCCGAUCACCAAGUCUUGUGGACGACCAGCCGACCUGCCUACAGAAACGGUUUGCAGCGAUCCCAAAGUCCCCAAGAGCCACGAGGUCGACGUCGGUCCGAGGUGAACGGGAUCAAGCACGCAAAACAUUCGUGCAUGACACGUCUAGAACUUGGACGGGCAGAACGGUUGCGGUUCCUUCUAGCCGCUGCGCCGAGUGGUUUAUCUACUCAUCUGCGACAUGCGAAGGUCUGCGCUCUCACUGCGGCGGUGAAAUCGUGUCGGUGCAAUUGCCUAUGAUUCGGAAAGCACCCACCCUACCACCCAAAAUUGUUAGGGUACUUUUGCGAAAAGCACCCAUAGAAGCUUUGUAUACCGCACCCACCGACCGUUAGGGUGCUUUUGGAGAUCACAUACUAAUUUAGCACGGGUGCAUUCGGAAAAGCACCCGCCAAGGAUUUAGUAUAGCGCCCACGCCAAUUGUAUGGGUGCUUUUGGGUUGCCUGUACCCAACCAAGACUGCCUCGAAAAUGCUUCGGGAAGACAACCGCGAAGUGU